AGACGUAGCAACAGUUUUCACCAACAACAACAACUGGUCACAUCUAUUCGACCUGAAUCAUCUAUAACUAAUAAAAAUGUUGAUGUGAUGGAAGUUGAAAAAGAUAAUGAAAUAAAUGAAACAACUGGAUCAAUUGAUGACUCCUUAUCAUUUAUGGGACGUUCAUCAAAAAUUUCAAUCACAAAUCGUAACUCUAAAGACUCUAUUAGGAUGGACAAUUUAUCCCCUAAUGCUAAUAAUGUAGGAGAGUUGGAUUGGAAAUACCUUUCAGCUGAGCAUAAUUCUGAUUCGGAAAAUGCUAAUGAAAUUUCGGGUAGUGUGGAUGAUAAAGAAUUUAAAAUUAAUGAUGAUUUAUCUAAUCGACGUAGAAAUUCUAAAUCCCAUCCUCCACUAACCAUAAACACUAAAUCCUCUAAAUCGACUCGUCUGAUCACUCCGGAAUCUUCUGAUUCGGAAUUUGAUAUUUCGAAUGCGCAUAUGCCCCUUGCCUCUUCAUUGGGUGGAAGUAUAAAUCCUUUACGUGUACCGCGCCAUAGUUCUGCUGAACUUUAUAAGGGUAGUAUAAUAGAAAGACGUGGUAGACCUGUUAGUAUGACUUUUUCUUCGAUGGAUGAAGUUAUUGAGGAGGAAAGAGGUUCUUUAUCGGACAUUGCUGAGCAAGAAGCCGCUAAUGUAAGAGCAUCUGAUAAUGGCGUUCGUACACGAAAUAAACUGUUGGCUAAGAAAAAACGUGCUCAAAAAUAUACUGACGAUUUUAAUGAGAAAAAUAAUGUCUCAAGAUCAAAUAAAAUAAAUAAUCGACAACAAGCAGAUGACUCUUAUGAUAUUCAUGAUGAUAACAGCAGUAUUAUUUCAAAUGAAUCUUUUCUUGAUGAACUUAAUGCUUUGCGAUCACGUAUUCAAAAAUUGGAAUCUGAACGUGGUAAUAUUGAUGAUGACUCAACUUCUGAAAAACGAUCCCGGAAAAAGAAAAAUUCUUCGGAUCAAACUUUAUCACCAUCAGCAACAUCACCUGUUAGUUCGCAAGGCGGUGCAAGUACUACUAAUACUGGUACCUCUCGGCGUACCUUGACUACGGCUCAACAUAAUAAACACUUGGAAAGUGCUUUUGAGUUUUUUGAAAAAGCAUUCUCAACUUCGGAUCAGUCCACUAAUGAUACGUCACCUCCUCCAUCUCACUCGAUGGCCAUGGUUGUAUCGACUGCUCUUUAUCUUAACUCCCACCUACGUAAUGUUAUAGCUCAAAUGGAAACUGGCGGUCAAGCGUCGGAAAAAUACAUAAAAGUUUUAUUAAAAACUAGUGAUGAACAGAUUCGAAGUUUAACUGAAUGCUUAUUAGCAUUGGGUCCCCUUGCUCAAAAAAAGGUUCCUUCUAAGAAAGAUUCACAUAGUUCCCUUUUACAAAUGCCUACUGCUUCAACACGUCCUAUUUCUCCCGUACAAAGAAUAACAUCUGUUCCUACUUCAGAAGUUAACUAUCAUGAAAUACGGAGAAUCUCUCCAACUCCACCAACAGAUCAAUCAUCUCCACCCACUUAUUAUACUCCUCAACGUCCAUCUAUGUAUAAUCGUAUGUCUAGACCUCCUUCACCGGGUUUGCCACCAGAAAAUAUAUAUGAUCCUCAAUUUACUCAGGUUCCCUCCACACGUGCUACAGAUUAUCGAGAAAGACGCAACCGGCGUUAUUCUGGUAGUACGUACGGCGGUUCUUAUUCUGGUCCAUUCCCACCACCUUCAUCAUCACCUUCUCCUCCUCCAGUUCAACCUUCACAUUAUGAUCAAUCUAAUGGACGAACUUAUUUGGACCGAGAAAUUCCUCGUUUACAAAGAUACCAAUCACUUAAUGCUGUUCCUUCUCUUAAUAAUACCUCAUCCUAUCAAAGAUCUCAAUCUCGUUCAACAUCCUUUGGACGUGCUGACGAUUCAUUUACUACGGGUCAUGUGCGUAGUGCUUCUAAUUCAUCAUUAUAUCGUUCUUCAUCUGGACGGUCAUAUGUACAACGUGGUGAUGAGUUCGUCAAUAGUCCGGUUUCGACUUCGCGACAAUCACGUACAUUCGAUUAUUCUCGUCGAUAUCAAUCAGAAAAUGGUCAAUCUCAAAUUGACAGACGUCAAGGUCCCAUUUCUGAAAUGGAUAGAAGAUAUGGAAGGCGAGCCGGUGGGAAUUAUGAGCCUGAUGAGGUCUUUGAUGGUCAAAGUGGUUAUGGUGAUCAUGUUUCUGACAAAAACUAUACUUUAAGAGAAGAAAAGCCUGUUUUAAGAAGAGAUGAUUCAAAUAAUAGUGAUAUUAUUCAUAAACAAAGAUUGGCUUCUCAUCCAGAUGAACAAUCUCAUAAUGAUGGUGUGGAAGAAGAUGAAACUCACAAUGAUGGCGGGCAAGAAG